GCUCUUGAUACUCUGGCUUCUUCCUUGCCUCCAUAACUGCGUUUUCCACAUUAUUAUCAGUUAGUCUCACAUCACAAGGAGAGGCUUUAUAAAAGGGCUUUCAUAGGGCCAUGCUGAUUUUUAUUCUUCCUCAUCCUCGCUCAUUCUAUUCCCCGUCUUACAGCAGCCCAGGCUACUUCUUUUCUCUCUGGUGAUUGAAAGCGGGUGCAAAACCACCUUUCGGACAACGAAAUUCUUCAUUGAUCCUCUGUUCUUCUAAAUAAUAAGUAUCCGAGCCAUUGAUACGCACUGUCAUCCAUUUCCACUUCCACAAGGCUUAAAGACGCACACACCUACAACUCCAAACAUCUUCAGACCAGGACCUUCACCCCCUUCACAUCGUGUUGACAAUUGAGGUUGAGCCCCGAUAGAUCGAGGUAUUAAAGUCACCUUUUCUGCUCCUCCUGCACUUGCCCUCUCAUCAUUAUAUGGCCACGGUGGAGGUUAAUAUAGCAAAACCAUCAUCCGUACCUGUCGCCUUACCGCCCAGUUCUUCUCCUGAUUCUCCAUCUGACACUGUUUCACUUCCACCCUCCCGAACAAAGUCAACAUCAGUGCCAACAUCAUCACGAUCGGCGGUACCAUCCUUACCCUCUCCAAAUACUGUUGCGACCUCAGCCUCGAUAACGGGGACGACGACUGAUACUGCAACAAAAACGUUCAUCACUUCCAUGUCAUCGAACCCACCUGCUGCUUCAUCCCCUCUUCUUCCUACUGUUGAAACAACGAAGCCUUCAGAGCCCAUUCCUUCUACUACAUUAACAUCAGACGUCGUCGAGCCUACAUCUUCAUCUAUCACAGCCACUGCGACAACCACCACGAUCAUGGAGCCUACAGAAAUUACCACCGAUCCAGUCAUCACGACUGACCCUGCACCUUCAACGAGCACCGACGUCGCUACAACAGACCCAGUUCCUCCUACAACUACAGCCACAGAUGAAGAACCCUCAACGACUACGGUUGAUCCAACGACCACAACCGAUCCACCUAUGCCCUCACCGACAAUCACUAGAGAUCCUCCCGUCACCACGGACCCUCCUAUCACACAGCCAACGUUGCAGCCGACCAUUCCUCCUAUCACAAGGCCUCCAUCCUCUGUCCAUUCUUCAAAGACCACAACGCCGUAUACAACUCGAUAUAUCACCACAGUUUCUGUCGUCACUAUUACGACGGUCGUUCCAAAGACAACAGUCAUUUCUGGACGGGGUACUACUAUUUAUAUCACAGAAACGACCACAACGUCAGUGCCGACUACUAUUCCAGACCCUAAUCAAGAACCACCUCCAGGGACUUUACUAGAUCCUAAUAACGGCCGUGGAACAGGCUUGAAGACUUGGCAGAUCACCUUGAUCAUUGUAGCAUGUUUGGUUGUUGGUAUUGCAGUGGGUGCGGUCGUGUUAGUAGGGUGGAUUAAGAAGAGGAGACGACGCAAGGAAAUGAUGCAGAGGAAUAACAUCUUUGAUCCAGAUGGAUUGUCAGGAUCAGGGGGCCGAGGUGGAGGAAGCGCUGGUGGUGGAGAGAGUGUGCUCGAGAGCGAGUAUACCGAUAAUGGAGGCAAGUCUAAUCGGGCGCUCGUAACUUCUGCCGUUCCCGGUGGAUUCGCGCAAACGAAGGGUACAGGGACAGGAAGAAAUGGAGGAUGGCGAGGUCGGUGGAACGACAUGUUUAAAUUCCGAAGGUCUUGGGGUUCACAAGGCUUCUCUCAGCGACAGCCUGGAGGGCUUGAUCAGGAAUUGGGUGUGGGAGCAUCAGGAGGUGUAGGACCUAGUGGAUUAUGGCUUAUGGAGGACAAUUAUCAUGACCUAGGCUAUGAAGGUCCUGCGGCGGUAGCGGCAGCCAUGAAUCCCGUCUCAUACCAGAAUGACCAUUCAGCUGCUGGAGCAGGCGCAGUUCAUCACCUUAACGAAGCUUCUUAUUCCAGUGAUGGGUCUGGAGCUUACUUUGCGACCGCAGGGGCUGCAUCAGGCCAAGGCCCAGACAUGGCUGAAGUUCGUCAUGCGCAUUAUCUACGCCAACAAGAUCGCCUUGGAAACCCAGAUGUGACAGAUCGAAGUCCAGGGGUGAUGUAUUCCGCUCUGCUGCCUGUAUCCUCUCCAGCCCGGAUAUCACCUCUGUUAGUUCAACAAGGACAUAUUCAUUCCCCGGAUAGCGGGUCUAGGGUUGGCGGCACACCAUCUCCUUCGUCACCAGAUAGUAACACCCUUCAGCAGGAGCAUCUAUCUCAAAAUUCGGACUACGUGGAUGGAUAUGGUUUUGGACAGAGGCAAAGUCAACAACCCAGUAUAGAUCAUGAGCUCCUCUCGGUUGGCUCAUCAUGUCGUGUUAGUCAUGAUGGUUCGAUGGCCAUCAGAGGCCAUACCAGAGGUGACAGUGGUACCGAAAGCGGGCGGUCGGAUACGGUGGGGGACGGUAACAGGACCACGAUCUAUGUGGAUCCUGAACAGCUAGAGUCAAAUGCUAUCUCUGAGUAUGUUCGAAAAGGCCCGCAGGCAUUACCGAAAUCUGCUUCUCAGGAAGCAUUGGAUACUUCUGCAGAUACGAAUGAAGCAGAGUUUUUAAAAGAUGACAGUGAUAUAAAAGACACAGGCGCGGCCACUAGUGCUAUGGAUGCUACGAAUGAGAUUGCUUUAAAAAAACGGAAAAAUCAAACACCAGUGCAAUAUCAGGAUCCAAGGGCAGUGGAAUAGCAUUGGUAUCGAG